AUGGGGCAGGCAGACUUUGGCUCUGCCAAGUUCAUUAGCAAGCAGAUGAAGAUGAGAGGUCUUCAAAAGCUCCGUUUCUAUUGCCAACUCUGCAUGAAGCAAUGUCGUGAUGACAACGGUUAUAGGGCACAUUUAAAAUCACCAUCCCACCUAAAAAGAGCCAGUAAAGUCACCAGUAAAGAUAUCGAUGACUAUACUCAGCAGUUCGAAUAUGAGUUCUUAAAACUACUGAGAUUGGGCCACGGUGAAAAGAAGAUUGAAGCUAACAAAUUUUACAAUGAAUAUAUCCAGGACAAACACCAUAUUCACAUGAAUGUUACAAGGUUUACGUCUCUAACGAAGUUCAUUCAGCAUUUAAGCAAGACUGGUAAAAUUAAAGUACAUGGUAUAGAAACAAUUGAGAACGAUAUGGAUCCCGGUCAGCUGCUGAUUAGUUACAUUGAUAACUCUUCUAUGAAUGUACUAAGGAAAGAGGAAUUGAAGCAGCUAGAAGAAGGACAGAAAAGUGAGGAAGAUAUAAAACGGAAGCUGCUUCAAAAGCAAAUUGAAAGUGAUGUAUCCGGUUCGACGGGCCAGAAUAAUUCUGAUGAUAGUGAGGACCGUGGAUGCCGAAGUAAAGAAGAGCAAGAGCUAUCGGGUAAAAUUUCAUUGGCCCUCCAGAAGCCUAGUAAAAAUAAAGUCGGUAAAAAGAAAGUGAAGCCAAAGGGUUUUAAUGUAUUUAAAAAUGCAUCUAAAUCGUAG